CAGGUUGUAACUGACCAAACCACUCAUCCACCCAGCAGGGAGGCGGACACACGCAUUUCCAUCAUUUACUAUGCUGUCAACCAGUCGCACGUAGUGACAGACCCUCCCACUAACUCUUCGUGUCCGUUUUUUUUUUAAUGAGCAGCCAUAACCUUGAGAAAACACGACCCAGCUUAAAUAACCGCCGCUUCCUCCACCGUCUCUGUGACCGAGCGAGGCGCCCAGGAGGCCGUGUUCCGUCCGUCUUUGGCAGCUGGGACCGUUAGCGGCUAACAGGCUAGCAGAUUUGUCUCAAGCGAAUGGCCAUGAUGAUUAUAGAGGACCUGAAAUUGAUCUGCAAAAAUGCUCUGAUCAAAAUACACUACUGACCCAGAAGGAAACGCAUAUCCUGGAUGUCUUGACAUUCCAAAAUGGAGAAAAAGAAAUCGUGCCCACGUCUUCUUGACUACUUGGUGGUUGUUGGAGCAAGGCAACCAAGUAGUGACAGUGUGGCCCAGACUCCACAGCUCCUCCGACGCUACCCCCUGGAGGAUCACCACGACUUCCCGCUCGCUCCUGAUGUGGUUUUCUUCUGCCAACCAGAAGGCUGCCUCAGUAUACGCCAGCGCCGUGUUAGCCUGCGUGAUGACUCCUCAUUUGUUUUCACGCUGACCGACAAGGACUCUGGUAUUACCCGGUAUGGAAUCUGCGUCAACUUCUAUCGGUCCUUCCAGCGUGGACAUCACCGUCCCAGAGACAAGAGUAGCCACACAGAAACUGCAGCACAGGCAACCGAGACUGUUAACGAAGCGUCUGAUGGCAGCGGUGGAGGCCAGACUGCUGCAUCAGCCGCACCUGACAGCUCCAAGUCUAAACCUCCACCUCGUCCAGAAGAGGACGGGCAGCCAGGUGCAGAGCAAACCUCUGGCAAGUCUCCGCAGCACAAACGCAGCGCUGCUAAAGUGGCUGCAAGGAACCGCAACAGCACGCUGACGUCGCUGUGCAUCGUCAGCCACUACCCUUUCUUUACCACAUUCAGAGAAUGCCUGUAUAUUCUGAAGAGGCUGGUGGACUGCUGCAGUCAGAGGCUAACUCAGCGAGCUGGACUUUCUCGUGCUACCCAAAGGGACACCAUGUGGAGGGUGUUUACCGGGGCGCUCUCUGUGGAAGAGAAAGGUAGCCAGCUGUUGGCUGACCUGCGGGACAUCGAGUCAUGGGUGUACCGGCUGCUGCGCUCCCCGGUUCCAUUGGCAGGUCAACGGCGUGUGGAUGUGGAGGUGCUGCCCCAAGAACUGAAACGGCCGCUGACAUUCGCCUUGCCUGACAACUCUCGUUUCUCCUUGGUUGAUUUCCCACUGCACUUGCCCUUGGAGCUGCUGGGUGUUGAUGCUUGUCUUCAGGUCCUCAGCUGUGUCCUGUUGGAGCACAAGGUCAUUCUUCAAUCUCGAGAUUACAAUGCUUUGUCCAUGAGUGUGAUGGCCUUUGUGGCUAUGAUCUACCCCCUGGAGUACAUGUUCCCUGUCAUCCCAUUGUUGCCUACAUGUAUGGCUUCUGCUGAGCAGCUCCUUCUCGCUCCCACUCCCUACAUUAUUGGUGUUCCAGCCAGCUUCUUCCUCUAUAAGUCAGAUUUCAAAAUGCCAGAUGAUGUUUGGCUGGUCGACCUCGACAGCAGCAAGGUUAUAGUGCCUACCAAUGCAGAGAAUCUUCCCCCUCUGCCAGAGCCUGAAGCAGGCGAGCUUAAGAAACAUUUAAAACAGGCAUUGGCCAGCAUGAGUUUGAACACCCAGCCCAUUUUGAACCUGGAGAAGUUCCAGGAAGGCCAGGAGAUGACUCUGCUCCCACCAGGAAGAGACAAAGCUUCGCCGUCCUCCACUGAGUUCAACCCUCUGAUUUAUGGCAAUGAUGUUGAUUCUGUGGAUGUUGCCACCAGGGUUGCCAUGGUGCGGUUUUUCAACUCACCCAAUGUUCUCCAGGGCUUCCAAAUGCACACGCGUACUUUGCGGCUGUUUCCGCGACCUGUGGUUGCUUUUCAGUGUUCGUCUUUUCUUGCCUCUCGCCCACGACGCUCCAGUUUUGCCGAUAAGCUGUCCCACACACAGGCAGUAGAGUUCUACGGAGAGUGGGCACUCAACCCCUCUAACCUUGCCUUUCAGAGGAUACACAACAAUGUGUAUGAUCCAUCUUUAAUCGGAGACAAGUCCAAAUGGUAUGCACACCAGCUGCAGCCAGUGGUCUACAGAGUUUAUGAUGGAAGCUCCUCACUGGUGGAGGCGAUGGCUGCUCCAUUGGAAGAUGAAGGCAAUGACUCUGACCCCACAGACAGUGGUAGUGACAGUGAUGGAUAUGACGACUCCAGCUCUUCAUAUUCCUCCCUUGGAGACUUAGUGAGUGAGAUGAUUCAAGGUGACAUCCAGGGGGACACGCCAAGCUUGGAUCCUCCCACUCAUGCUGCACUUGGAGAUGCUAGUGAAGUUGAGUUUCAAGAUUUCCAUGACAAGGACAGCCAUAACCUAGAUGGUCCUUCCAGUGUUGACGGAGCCGUUGAGCUGUCAGACGGUCAGCCUUUGCGUUCAAGCUCUAGCACAACUGCAAGCUCAAGCCCUAGCACAAUUAUCCAAGGAGUUAAUCAUGAGCAAUCUGAAGCGCCUGAGAUCGAGGCAUCAGCAAGUGCCGCUCUGCAGAACCCUGUCCCUGUACUGGGCAGCCAGCCAUUCCUUAGACCAGCAGCAGAUGUCGGUCUGGUGGAUUCUGCCAACAAAAAGCAAGAAUAUGACAACCCAUACUUUGAGCCUCAGUAUGGCUUCCCCACUGAGGAAGACGCCGAAGAAGAGCAAGUUGAAACCUACACCCCUCGAUUCAACCAGAACCUAAACGGCAACAAGGUUCAGCGGCCUCUACGCCCCAGCAGCCUAAGGCUUCCUGGAGAGUCGGAUGGAGAGGGAGACUCUCGCAACAGUUCGCCAAAUUCUACCAUAUCCAACAGCAGCAAUGAUGGAUUUGGUGGACUCAUGUCUUUUGCUAGUAAUCUAUACAAGAACCACGGCACCAGCUUCAGUCUGUCCAAUCUGGCCCUUCCCAACAAAGCAGCGCGGGAGAAAUCGACGCCCUUUCCCAGCCUCAAAGUAUUUGGGCUAAAUUCUCUAAUGGAGAUAAUUACAGAGGCCGGCCCGGGGAGCGGAGAAGGGGCACGUGCACCUCGAGCACUUGUGGACCAGAAAUCUUCAGUGAUCAAACACAGCCCAACUGUAAAGAGAGAAUCUCCCUCACCACAGGGUCGAGUUAACAACACAAGUGAGAACCAGCAGUUUUUGAAGGAAGUUGUCCAGAGUGUUCUAGACGGACAGGGCGUCGGCUGGCUUAACAUGAAAAAAGUGCGCCGACUGCUGGAGAACGAGCAGCUGCGUGUCUUUGUGCUGAGUAAGCUGAACAGAGCCGUUCAGUCGGAGGAAGACGCCAGACAGGAGAUCAUUCGUGAUGUGGAGGUGAACAGGAAGGUUUACAAAGGCAUGCUGGACAUUCUGAAGUGUACAGUGUCCAGUCUGGAGCACUCCUAUACCAAUGCUGGCCUUGGAGGAAUGGCUAGUGUCUUUAGCCUGCUUGAAAUAGCGCGCACACAUUAUCAAACCAAAGAAAAGCGCAAGCGAAGCCCCACAGACAGUGCUGGCAGCCCGGGGAGUAAAGAGAGUCCUUCUGGUCGUAUGGAGACAGCCAGACCUCAGGGCCUCCUGAAUAUCCCCCAGCUGCAGCUGCCUCACCACACCACGGGCAAAGGAGCCCGCCAUUUUGAUACCCGAAGUCUGAACGAGGAGAACUUUAUUGCCUCGAUUGAAUUGUGGAGCAAGCACCAGGAUAAGCAAAAAGCUAUGGAAAAACAACAGAGGGCUGAAGUGGGAAAGCAGCAGCGCCCGCAGGUGACUGACGCAGAGGAGAAGAAAUCACAGAUCAGUGCUGAUAGUGGACUUAGUGUUGCAUCUGGCUCUCAGAAGAGCGACACAGAGUCUGUUACCAGUUCAGAGCCGCCGAUCCUCACAAGAAGCACCAGCCAGGACUCGGAGGCCAGCACAGUGAUUAGCAACAGCUCUGGAGAGACCCUUGGAGCCGACAGCGACCUAAGCAGCACUGCAGGAGAUGGUCUCGGAGGGAGAACUGCUCCUCAUUUGAAUCAGUCCAGAGGAACUCUGUCUGACAGCGAGAUCGAAACCAAUCCAGCCACAAGCUCUGUGUUUGGAAGGACCCAUACUCUUAAACCCGGGGCCAAAGAUCAUUUACCCGUAAUGGUCAAAACACCUCCUGUACAACCGAUGGAGGACAUCAGUAUGAGGAUUUAUCUUUUUGAAGGCCUGUUGGGGCGGGAUAAGAGCUCCGUUUGGGAUCAGCUAGAGGAUGCGGCCAUGGAAACCUUUUCUCUAAGUAAGGAGCGCUCCACCCUCUGGGAUCAAGUACAGUUCUGGGAGGAUGCCUUCUUAGAUGCUGUGAUGUUGGAGCGUGAAGGAAUGGGGAUGGACCAGGGACCCCACGAAAUGAUUGACAGAUACCUGUCACUUGGAGAGCACGAUCGCAAGCGUCUGGAGGAUGAUGAAGACCGACUCUUGGCCACCCUGCUACACAACAUGAUUGCUUACAUGCUUAUGAUGAAAGUAAGCAAAAAUGAUAUCAGGAAGAAAGUGAGACGUUUGAUGGGCAAAUCUCACAUCGGACUCACAUACAGCCAAGAGAUUAACGAGCUACUUGACAAACUGGCCAAUAUGAACGGCCGUGAGCUGUCCAUCAGGCCCAGUGGGAGUCGUCACAUCAAGAAACAAACAUUUGUUGUUCACGCUGGUACUGAUACAACAGGAGACAUCUUCUUUAUGGAGGUUUGUGACGACUGCAUAGUCCUGCGCAGCAACAUUGGGACAGUUUAUGAGCGCUGGUGGUACGAGAAGCUCAUUAACAUGACGUACUGCCCCAAGACCAAGGUGCUGUGUCUUUGGAGACGUAACGGCCAAGAGACGCAGCUCAAUAAGUUCUAUACGAAAAAGUGUCGGGAGCUCUACUAUUGUGUUAAAGACAGCAUGGAGAGAGCCGCAGCGAGACAGCAGAGCAUUAAACCAGGUCCGGAGCUCGGCGGUGAAUUCCCUGUCCAGGACAUGAAAACUGGUGAAGGUGGACUGCUUCAGGUUACGCUGGAAGGAAUCAACCUGAAGUUCAUGCACAGCCAGGUUUUCAUAGAGCUGAGUCACAUUAAAAAGUGCAAUACAGUGAAGGGAGUCUUUGUCCUGGAGGAAUUUGUUCCUGAAACUAAAGAAGUGGUGAUCCACAAGUACAAGACCCCCAUGGCACAUCAGAUCUGUUACUCUGUCCUCUGCCUUUUCUCCUACGUGGCGGCUGUGAAGGGGAAGGAGGCGGAAGGAAAACCCAAGCUGCUGUCACCAAGACCCCUUCCCAGCUAGUCGUCACCCCCGGCAACCCCCCCCCCGCUCCUCUACACCCUUGGCGUGCCUCUCUACUUGAAAUGGCAUCUCUGCUCUUUAACCAGAUUUUUGACAAUCCCUUGUUUAACUCGAAGCACACAGUUCCUGCUCUCCCCUCCUGUGUAAAUAGAAUCCUGUGAUCCUUUUUAGAUCCACCGGUGUAGACAUGUCCAGUCUGUGAUGUUGUGUAAAUAAGUCCUAAAACUCAUGGUUGUUGUCCCGAUGUUCCAGCCCAGCUAGUUACCGUGUGCUUGCCCUGUUUGGAUUUGGAGAAGUGACUGGGCUCUGUAUGGAAGCCUCAGUGACCCAUGUGGUGCAGAGGUGAGGGAUUAGCCCGAGCCACAGACUGCAUGCAGGUCCUGUGCUACAGCAGUGAAGCUAACCCCCCCCCACCCCACCGCUCGUCUCCAUACAGUUCUGUGUAAUUCUGUGAUACGUGAUUACUGUAAAGUUCCAGUUUGUCCAAGUUGAAACUGGUGAAGCAUCCAGAGAACCUGUUAGUGCAGUGAAAAGCACCAGAGCACCGCAUGUAAACUCUCCUUAAUGCUGUUUGGUCCUAAAAUACUUCAGGUGUUCUCAGAUGUGUCCUCUGCUCCACCAGGCUGAAUCACUGUUCUAGUUCUGCUGUAAAACUUCUCGUCUGUGCUCCUCUGGUAUUAACUGCAUGUUACUAUAAAGAUGGAAUAAAUAUUAUAUAUAUUUAUAUAUAUAGUAUUUAUUUAAUAUAUGCAUUUAUUGAGUGUAAAUUUUCUGGAAAAAAAGUUACAAAAUGUUGAUUUGCUAGAUGUGCAAUACUUAAGAAGUAGUUAGCCAUUGCCAGAGCCAGGUUCUCUUGGCUCCACAGGGUGAAGAAUGUAAGAGUUUCUUUUUCUAUAGUGUGGAUUUGCUGAAUAUUCAGUGUGUUAUGACUGGUCAUCGUGUUCCGCUUCAUCAUGGGUCAAUCACAAGACAGAAACUAACAAGAUUUUCUGAUGUUCAUAACUUAGAUUAGAAUCGCCUGCAGUUAUUGGAGGAGGCUGGUCAGUUCUGUGUCUGAAGCAAAUCUCUACAAGCACAGCUAUGAACCCUGGCUGAUACAUGUAUGAGUAACAGACAGACUGACUGUGGUUGGAGACUUAGACUGCUGCUGCUCUACUUGAACAAUUUCUACCUAAAUUAAAGAAUUUGCAAAGUGAUAUUUAGCAACUGAAUGUUAGAUUUUUUGUUUUGUUUUCAUGAACAAAUAAAAUCAUCUUUAGGAAGCAUCACUUAAACUGAGAAUUUCAUGACAAUUUCUUCCAUUAAGCAUCAACAGGCAGAUGGUUUUAAUGUACUAGGCAGGCAGAGGAAGUUAUUUUUUUUCCCAUGUUAUACCUUUAUAUGUUUGCUUGUUUCUUUCUUCAACUCAUACAUUUCAUACCUGCUCUGACUGAUGAUUGUUAAACAGCAUCUCAGCCAUACUGUUAAACCUAGAGGUAAAGGUGCUGUAAGGUUUUCUGAUGGUAUCCAAGACAGCCUGGAGGAUCUAUAAGAUGUAAUAUGUAUGAAAACCGAUCCCCAAUUUAUUUAUUUUUUUUGUUGAUAUUCCUGGAAGAAAGCAUGCAGAUGGUGAUCUCUUAACAUCGUCUCAUAGAUCAGCAUUAGGUGAAUGAAGGGUUUAAAGUUCUGUUUCCUUAAAUCAGUAUUUGUUUAGAUCAACAACACAAUAUUGGGUUAUUCUCAGGCUGUCUGGUAAAAUAAAUUUGCUCGCAUGUUAACGGGCCGCAGUCGGUUGAAAGCCCCAUCAAAGCUUGUUGUGCAGGGAAGCAGCUUUAUUAGCUGUCCAGUGCGUUUCAGCUUGUGGCCUGAAGCACUAUUCAUAAAGGAAGCGCCACAGUGCAUCAGAACGAAACGGACGUGUAAAUUAGCAAGAUGCUGAAUUGAUCCUGAGCCGUCAAAGCUUUGUCUUCCUGUUUAGUUGGUUGAUCCUCUUAGGUUGCUUUUCAGGUACAGAAAUAUAAUUUCAUGCUUAGCAUGAAAUGCUAAAUGUUUGCAGCCUCAUGUCAUUUAGUUAACUUUUUUUACCAGGUAGGAUAAUAAAUGCAAAUGUAUAAAAACUGAAGAGCAAACUUAGGCGCUAAAGUUUAUGCAGAAACAUAUUCGGUUUCUUCUAAAAAAAAAAAAAAAAAGACAUUACUCUUACGAGCUCUUGAAAGAGGUUAAAAAAAACGUAUUUCUCUCCUGUGUUUGACCCUUAGAAAGUUUCAGAGCAGACAAACUAAUCAUGGCUGAGAUCAUUUGAUCUUUGUUUGUUCCAUGGUGUUAAAAACAGGUCCUAGCUAAACCCACAGUGUGUGUGUGUGUGAGAGCAUGUGUGGUCAUGUGGUGAACAGUCUCCUAUCAGCAAUAUAUUGCUAUGGUAAAUUCACUGGAAGAGUUUUAUUUUGAUCCUGACAUGCCUGUAUUUUUAGUAACCUAAAUGUGCAAAGAAGAACUUUCAGAAGGACUUUGAGAAGAUGCUGUACCAUCUCCACAACGGAUCUGAAUGUUCUGCUUAAGCUAAAAAAUAAAAAAAAUGUUUUUUUGUUUUUUUUUCCUGGAAUAUUACAGCUCAUCUCUGUUACUGUGCUCACUGGCUGCUGUCAAUGGAGGGAAGAAGUAAAGAGAUGCCAGCUGUAAGCUUUCCAGUAUUUAAGGAGAAAAAAUGUAUUUAUAGAUUAUGUACAGCUUUGGCAAUAUAAUAAAGUUGUCCUAAAUGAUUAUUGAUUUUUUUUUUCUUGAACAAAAGACAAGGUUUUCAAUUUUUUUUUUUCAAAGAUUUAUUGCAGGAAA